UGUGUGGAUUACUCAUCAAACGAGGGAGCUGGGUGACACAGACAUUUUCAGACAGGGCAGUGAUAGACCAGUUAGCCAUUCACCUUUCUCUUGUGCAUGCAAGAAGAGUUUUGCAGAAGGGUGCAUUUCUAAAACUAAAACCUCUCCAUCUGACCAACCUCCUCAGAUUAUAGAAGGUCGUUUUAAGUGAGUAUUUUGGAAAUCCAAAUAAAACCAUUCCAGCAAAAAGACGAUGUCUUCCCUGCAACAUGUGAAUCCCAGGGUGAGGGGGAUCAGAGUGUCACCACUCAAUGGACUGCAGAGUCUGGCUGCACACAUCACACAAGAGAUCACACUGGGGGCUCAGAAACCCUUCAAAGAGGUGAUCGAUGUCAGCUCAAGUGAUCCCCACAAAGCAGGAAUGAAACCCAUCACAUUUGUUCGCCAGGUCUUGGCAGGAUGUCUGCACCCUCAGCUGCUGGAAGAAAAAACUCUUCCUCUGGAUGUCAGGCAGAGGGCUCAGAGGCUCCUGGAGGUCUGCGCUGGAGGAAGUGUGGGUUCCUAUUCAGCAGCCUCCGGCAUACAUCAUGUCAAGCAAAGCAUCGCUGAGUUCAUCAUGAGACGAGAUGGUGGAGUGCCUUCAUACGCCAAAGACAUCUUCAUUUCUGCUGGUUCUCAAAGGGCCCUGAUGGUGGUUGUGAAGCUGCUGGCCAGCGGAGAGGGGGAGACUCGGACAGGCGUGUUGACUCCGAUGCCAUGCCCACACACCCUGCCAAUGCUACUGGAUGAGGCCGGGGUGACACUAGUGCCGUACCAGCUGAUGGAGGACCGAGGCUGGGCUGUAGACCUGGACGAGCUGCACCGAGCUUUGAAGACAGCUAAGGGGCGCUGCGAGCCCAGAGCCAUUUACAUCAGCAACCCAGGAAACCCCACAGGUCAUGUGCAGGACUGGAAAUCAAUAGAGGAAGUGAUUCAGUUUGCCGCAGCUGAAAGACUCUUACUAUUGGUUGAUGAGGUGUACCAGGACAGCGUGUAUGGAGAGGAGAAAGAGUUUAUUUCCUAUAAGAGAGUCCUGUUUGAGAUGGGCAAAGAGUACUCUGAAGCGGUGGAGUUGGUCUCCUUCCACUCUUUAUCCAGCACCUGCAUGGGAGAGUGUGGUUUUAGGGCAGGAUACAUGGAGUUGGUCAACAUGGACCCAGAGGUGAUACAUUUUCUUGAUAUUCUGCUAGAUACUGAUAUCAGUACCCCAGUCACAGGACAGCUUGCUCUGGAUCUCAUGGUCAACCCGCCAAAACCUGGAGACCCGUCCUAUGACACAUACACACAGGAGAUUCUCCUCACUCGGACCAUUUUGUCCAAGAAUGCUCAGCGGGCUCAGGAGUUCCUGAAUGAUCUACCGGGGAUGAGCUGUCAGCCAGCGAUGGGGGGAAUCUACCUGUAUCCCCACCUGCAUUUAUCAUCUGAGAUUACAGAGAAGGCCAAGAUAUUGGAGGUGGAGGCAGAUGUUCUGUACCGUCAGAUGUUACUAGAAGAGGAGGGUGUGCUUCUAGGAGAAGGGUGUCAGCAUGGUGAAACAACUGGCAACCACUAUCUGAGGUUAUGUAUCCUUGUUCCUCCUGACACCCUAGAGGAGGUCCUGGAUGGCCUGGGCUCCUUUCACCUUCGUGGACACACUUCCUCAGCCUGACAGAGGUGUGAAGGACGGAGACAUGCAGGGGGAAAUCUUGUGACCCAACAUGUAGCCCUCUGUGGAGAAGGACAGAUCCUCAACUCAAGUGCCAAUCUUAGGAAGGCCACUUGUCAAACACAUUGAGAGCAUUAAAGGCUCAAGCAGCCUGCAGAUCAGAUCAUGCUUUGUUUCUUUGCUUCACAGUUUGAUACACAUUUUCCCCCACAAACUUUGACUGUAGGCUUCUCUGGCCAAUGUAUUCCUUUUAGGCAUGAAAUAUGCAAAAGCCUCUUCUUUUUCUGCAAAAUGCAAAUACAAAUCUUUAUAAAUGAAAAAAAAACCUUCUUGUUUAUAUAUAUA